CAUCUUAAAAUUUUCUUCCUCCAUCCACCAGAAGAACGUUAUCUCUUUCCAGGCGUCUCUCCCUCCCUCCCUCUCAGUCACACACACUUCGAUCCAUGCUCGUAGCCCGUACCCACCACUGCCACCACCACCGCCACUGCCACCGCCACCACAGCCGCCCAUGGCCGCCAUCUUCUCCAAUCACCACCCGCAAACCCUCGGCCUUUCUCCCACCCACCAAAUUAAAACCCCUCCUCCGAAUCACCAACAACGUCACCACCCCGGACGGCAGCGGCAGCAACAAAACCCCCACCCCUGCCUCCUCGGACCAACCGAUGCCCUCGUCGGCGGGCAGGAUCAAGCGGCUGGUGCUGUCCCCAGAAUCCCGGACUAAGCUCAACGCCCUGCCAGACCGCGACUUCUACUCGUUCCCGCGCUUCGUGAAGCAUGUGGACGACGGCUUCCUCGCCACGUUGACGGACCUCUACAGGGACCGGGUGAGCCUCGGAUCGGAGGUGCUGGACCUGAUGAGCUCGUGGGUGAGCCACCUACCGGAAGAGGUCUCGUACAAGAGGGUGGUGGGUCACGGCAUGAACGCGCAGGAGCUCGCGAGGAACCCGCGCUUGGACUACUUCUUCGUCAAGGACCUGAACCGCGAGCCGAGGCUGGAGCUGGCGAGCGAGAGCUUCGACGCCGUGCUGUGCACAGUCAGCGUGCAGUACCUCCAGCAGCCCGAGGAGGUGUUUGCAGAGGCGUUUCGGGUGUUGAGGCCCGGUGGCGUAUUCAUCGUGAGCUUCAGCAACAGGCUAUUCUAUGAGAAAGCGAUCACCGCCUGGCGAGACGGGACUGCGUAUGGCCGAGUGCAGCUAGUGGUGCAGUACUUCCAGUGCAUCGAAGGGUUCGCAGAGCCGGAGAUAAUCCGCAAGCUGCCCGGCUCUUCAGUUGCUCGGGAAAGCAAAUCGCCUCUCGAUUGGAUCUUCGGGUUCUUGGGAUUGCUAAGCGGGUCGGAUCCUUUCUACGCUGUGAUUGCCCACAAGAACUUCAAAACCUGUAUAUGAAUGAGCAGAUCAGCCAGCCCCCAAAAUGAAUCAAGAAAACGUACAUGAAUGAAUGCAUCAAGUUGAAUUGUCCAUUACUCUUCCUGCAUGAGCUUCUAUGUCUGAAUUAAGGAUGUCGCUGUAACAGAUCGAGUAGAUCAAGCAAAGAAUUUUCGCUUCGAUUCUUGUCGUUCAAA